UGGUCACUUUAAUUUAUUGAAUACUCUGAUUGGUACAAUGAAUAUCGUAAGACACAUGUUUUAGACACGACCACUGUAUUAUGUUGUGUUUUAGUUGUAUCUUGUAUUUGGAGUACCGUGCAGUAGUAUCUGGGUUGUACAUGCCCUGAACUGCUCGAAUUUUUUUACUGGUAGUGGUACCCUACCGGUACGAAGCACGAGGAGAGGAAGCCAAAAAAGGGCACCCCAUGCUACACCCAGAUCUGGUUGGUACGAUGCUUCCGUGAAUGCGCGCCUACCCCGCGCACCUGCCCACUGACACCCACCUAGGCCAACUGAUGCCUCGGCCCCAUGCCGUCCUGGUCCACUCCCCGGCGUCACAGCCGCGGCGGCGCCCGCAGCGGUGGCGGCCUCGUGGGUGACUCUUGUUCUUGUCGGGGGUUAAAAAAAUGGCUGCCAACGGAGGCGCUGCCCCCACGUCUCGCGCUCUGAUUGGCCCGGCGUCGCCUCUACCGGCUCGAGCCUCGGUGCCGCCACGUAGUACUCCUACGCCCCCCCGAGCUCCACUGCCUAUCCCACCUUCCCCGGAUCCUCUGCGACCUGCGACAGGUACGGCGUGGCAGUGGCCAGUGGGUGUGCGGGCGCGUGCACCGGCGCAGACGAUCCGGGCGAGCUCGGCACUUUUUUAUACGUACGCAGCGGCGCUGGUAGGGGACACCUGUCCGCCGCCGCACUCUGACCCCCGCCCCCGCCGCAGCGAGACGAGAUCGCCCGCACCAAAGCAAGCCGAGGCGGCGAGCGGGACAGGUAGCGGCUGCCUACCACCGCCAGCCUCCGCCCACCCAACAACAGCACCACCACCACCACCACAGUCCGGUCCCGUGCCUUCCAAUUCGGUCGUCCCACGCAUCGAUUGCGCCCGCGCACGCGCCCGUCGCUUUGCCGUCUUCGACCACCCGCAAGCAACCUAUAUAGCGCGCCGCGAAUUCCGCCCGGCUUCCUCGUCGCCCGCCGCAGUGAGUGAGAGGAGGAGGUCGAUGGAUCUCAAGGACAGCGAGAGGAGGGGGGCGGCGGGGCCGGGGCCGCUGUCGAGGCAGGGGUCGAUCUACUCGCUCACGUUCGACGAGUUCCAGAACACGCUCGGCGGGACGGGGGGAGGGCUCGGCAAGGACUUCGGCUCCAUGAACAUGGACGAGCUGCUGCGGAGCAUCUGGACGGCAGAGGAGAGCCAGGCCAUGGCGUCGGCCUCGGAGCCCGCGGCGGGGGCGGCCGGCGACGGCGGGGCGGCGCUGCAGAGGCAGGGGUCUCUCACCCUGCCGCGCACGCUCAGCGUCAAGACGGUGGACGAGGUCUGGCGGGACUUCGCGCGGGAGGGGACGGCUGGCGGUCCGGAGCCGCAGCCCAAUCGACAGCCGACCCUCGGGGAGAUGACGCUGGAGGACUUCCUGGUCAGGGCGGGGGUCGUCCGUGACAACCCUGCCGCCGCUGCUGCUGCUGCUGCUGCUGUCCCCGCGCAGCCGGUUGCGACGCGGCCGCUUCAGGCGGUCAAUAAUGGCGCCUCCAUCUUUUUCGGCAACUUUGGAGGCGCCAAUGACGCCGGGGCUGGAGCGAUGGGGUUUGCGCCGGUAGGGAUCGGGGAUCAGGCCAUGGGCAACGGCCUGAUGCCUGGGGUGGCUGGGAUGGCGGCUGGUGCGGUCACUGUUAGUCCGGUGGAUAUGUCGGUGGCCCAACUAGAUUCUAUGGGCAAGGGGAAUGGGGAUCUGUCAUCGCCGAUGGCUCCAGUGCCCUACCCCUUUGAGGGAGUGAUAAGGGGAAGGCGGAGCGGUGCGGGUGUGGAGAAGGUCGUGGAGCGGCGGCAGAGAAGGAUGAUCAAGAACAGGGAGUCUGCAGCUAGAUCCCGUGCCCGUAAGCAGGCUUAUACAAUGGAGUUGGAAGCCGAAGUUCAGAAACUGAAGGAACAAAACGAAGAAUUGCAGAAGAAGCAGGAAGAAAUAAUGGAGAUGCAGAAAAACCAGGUCGUGGAAGUGAUCAGCAAUCCAUACGCACAAAAGAAACGGUGCCUGCGGAGAACAUUGACAGGUCCCUGGUAACCGAGCUGUUGACGACCGACCGGGCUUGACAGGAUAUUUAACAUUAUGGCACCUGUACAUAUAUACCUUGAGGAUUUGGAGAACCCGAGUUUCCGGUGUAUAUUAGCGACCAACAGAGUGUGAGUGUACCUGCGCUUGACUUAUGCUGCCACUGUGCCUCCUUGACUAGCUUCUGCGCUCUCGUGCUCCUUUGCACUCACAUCAAUGAGCGACUAGUACCCAUGGGAUUUCAUAGAUGGGUCUCAGGCCUCAAUCUCGCCUUCUAAAGGCAAGUCCGGAGGCGUCUUGCAGCUUAUAAUGGGCUCUGUAUUGUAUCUGGUGCGGAAGUUGGAGACGGAGGAACUCCUGCUGAUAAUUUAGGAGCUGGAAGUGGUGAGCUUGAGGGAAAAUCAUCCAAUGUUUGGACUGGCUAAAGUUUCAAUGCACUAGGCGCUCUUCGCUGGUACGGUGUAGGAUUUGGAACUCCUAUGGUGUCCGAUGGUGUUAUGAGUAGUAUACAACAUGUGAUUUGGAGGCUUUGGUGUUCA